AUGGCACCAUCGGGUCUGGCCAUUAUUCUCGGAGCAGGUCCAGCUGCCGGUGCAGGAAUUGCUCGCGUUCUUGCCUCUCCAGCCGAGGGUAAUUUGGCAGUAGCACUGCUCUCACGCACUGGUGACGCUCAACUUGCGACCGAAAUAUCCAAACUUUCAGGUGGAGGCGUCUUGAAAGCCUUUCAGACAGAUACCUCUGAAGACCGUCUUCGUUCUACCUUUGAGGACAUCAAAACUUGGACUCGAAGCCUUCCAAAAUCCGAUGAUGGGCAGAGUUUACGCCUUAAACUCUCUGUUUUCAACAUCAAACAUUCGCAUAAAGUGCCAUUUGCAGAGGAAACACCCACCAGAUUCACGGAGUCACUCACGGUAUACACCACCGGCGCGAUGAUAUUCUCCCAACUUUCCAUCAAUUGGAUGUUAUCGCAAUCUUCGCAAUCAAGUGAUGAUAAGCCUGAGGCUUUCAUACCUCUGCAUAAAGCUGGAACGGUCAUCUUCACUUCCAGUCUUGGUUCCAUGCGCUCAAAUGCGGGGUUUGCCGCCUAUGGUGCAACAAGAGCUGGUGUCAGAAUGUUGGCACAGAGUCUUGCGAGGGAAUACUCAUCCAAGGGAAUUCAUGUCGUUCACGCAAUUGGGAACGGUUGGAUAACCAACAAUUACGAUGAAUCCUACUUGGACUCCGACUUGAAUGACGGAGCGAAGGAAAAUACGGAUGAUACGAAGGCAGUGCUUGAGGGCAAGAAGAUAAAAGGAGCGAGUGUGGGAAAACUGUAUCUUGGCCUAAUGCAACAGGCCUGCGAUCUGUGGGUACACGAACUGGAUAUGAGGCCAGCGGGUGAACCCUUCUGA